AUGUCUAAACCUCUUAUGCCCAAUGUGAAUGAUAAGUUUGAUUCUCUGGAAGCUUUCGAAGAUGCUGCAAGAUUAGCUGCUAAGUAUGAAGGGUUUGCAUUUUCAAGAAAAGAUAGCAACCUUACCGGGUGUAAAGGAAAAUCGCUCUUUGUCGUUUUGCAAUGCACAAAAGAGGAGACUAGUAAAAGGAAGAAAACUACUAAACGCGAAGGCUGCCCUGUAUAUAUUAGAGCCACUGCAACAAAAUGCCAUUCGACUACAAGUGUUUUAAAUACUGAAGUAAGAUGGAUUGUCACGAAGGCUGUACUCGAACAUAAACACACAAUGCUUGAGUUGGAUGAGGUUGCAACUUUUCUACAAUACCGUGCUAUGAGCCUAAAUCAGAAAAAUCUGGUACAACAGUUGCAUGAUAAUAAUGCACCAACUCGUGUUAUAACAGCAGCUGUUAAUAAGGUUAUUAAUGGUGGUAUUAUUCUCUCAAAAGACAUUGUGAAUGAACGUGCACGUAUUAGGCUUGCUUUGAAUGAAGGUUAUAAUAACGAUUCUACUCAGAUACUACUAAGGCUUCUUGAAGAACGUGAUUAUAUGGUUGUGGCACAUAAAACAACAAAAGGAUAUCUAACUCACCUUUUCUUUUCACAUGUUGAAGCUGCUAAGUGCGUUGCCAAAUGCCCGGAGGUUCUUAUUGUGGAUGCUACAUACAGAACAAAUAUUUACAAAUAUCUGCUUGUUAGUGCUGUUGGAAUAAAUAACAUUAGUAAUGAGAAAGGUGUACUAGCAUUUUAUCAAAUCGCAAUGGCCUGGAUUGAUAAUGAAAGUGAAGCGUCCUACACAUGGUUUUUGCAAACGCUUCGUACCAAAAUUUAUAAUGCUUAUGGUUGCUUACCAGAUGUUUUCAUGUCCGAUAGAGACCAAGCAUUAAGAAAUGCUUCGUCUAAAGUAUUCCCGGAGUCUAAUAAGAUGCUAUGUGUUUGGCAUCUUCUUGAGCAAAAUUUGAAAGUUAAUUGCCGUAAGCUUUUUAAAAAUGAUGAAGACUACGAGAUGUUUAAAAAAGAGGUUGAAGCUCUAAGGUUUUCUGAAUGUGAAGAAGAAAUUCCUCAGUCUCUAAAUGCAAUUAAAAAGGCUGCUGAAAAGUCACACUCUCCAGAAAAGGUAGAAUCUUAUAUUCAGACAUGGAUGAAAGAUUCGAAAUUGUGGAUAUUAGCUUAUACUAAGCAAUUUUGUCAUAUAGGAAUAUCAACUACUGGUAGAUCUGAAUCAUCACAUAGCACAUUUAAAAGAGCAAUCGAGACAGCUAGUGAUCUGGAAAGUGUAUUUCGUCAAAUUGAUCAAGUAAUGCGUUUACAACAUCUAAAAUCAGCAAUACGUAUGGGCUCUAACAAAGUUGCGAUUGAUCCAUUUACUCUUCAUAAUCCUAUAUUUAGUGAACUAAUUGGAAAA